AUGUCGUGGAUGAACAACCGUUAUAGUCCUGCUGCCGAGCGUAAUGGCGUAAUCCCAGUUGAUUUCAAGUUCAAAUGUCGUCAUUGCAAAAUCUUCAAGACGCAAGAUUGCUUCUCAAAAAACGAGAUUGCUCCUUACAAACAUCAACUUUCUCAUAAUCCGGGUAUGAAACCAAAUGCAGUACAGCCACUUCUACGAUGCCGUGGCUGCAAGGGUGGGCAAUUGACUGAGCUUCAAUGCGAGGGUCCAUGUUCUAAGUAUAAGCCCUUGGAUCAGUUUAGCAAGGCACAGAGAUCUAGGGGAAACAAGUGGUGUAUGGAAUGUGUGCAGUGGAAAGAAGGUCAUCACCCCGAGGUCGACCUUACACCUGCUCCAGGUACCGAGCCACAGGAGUUCGUCACAACCACUGGUGCAUCUGAGCAAACAACAGGCUCUUCUUAUGCUGCAAGCAUAGCAUUGUCCCAAAGUGUAUCCUCCCUUGCCAUUGGCAAUCACUCCAAUGGCUCACAGCUUACCCCGCAUCUACGAGCAAUUGCUAGUAGCCGGAUCGAGAACCGCUCACAAUCAUCUAUGAGCAACCCAUUCGAAGGUGCUCGCACGGCGGAUAUGCCUGUCGGCUCUGAUGCAUGGUCGACACGCGAUUCUAGACGCCGGGCUGGUCCACCUAUUCGAUACAAUGCAUAUGAUGCCCAUGGAGUACGCCACUCUCAAGAGAGAUCAAUGACAUUGACAUCACGAGCUACUUCAACUAUCGGCCCAUCGAGUGUAGCUUCCUUUACCAGCGGUCGUACUUCUCCUUCUGCCUCUGGUAGUCGUCCAGCCGUCACUGCUUCUCUUCCAGCACCAUCACCAGUUCCGCAACCGGUCCGUGUGAUCACCAACCCAUCUACUGGCUGGGCUAAACCUAUUGGAAAACGUACACAACAACCAACUAAUCUAGGUGCCGUCACCGAGUGGGCUCCCGAAUCCAAUGAGGUUUACCGUAGGUCCGCCUACGACUCCAGCGACGAUGAAAUGUAG